GAAAAGUCAUCAACAAAGAUUUGCGCCACUACUUAAGCCUUCAGUUCCAGAAGGGCUCAAUAGACCAUAAACUCCAGCAAGUGAUCAGAGACAAUCUCUACUUGAGAACCAUCCCUUGCACUACAAGGGCUCCCAGAGAUGGGGAGGUCCCUGGGGUAGACUAUAACUUCAUUCCUGUUGAGCAAUUUAAAGCACUGGAAGAAAGUGGAGCCUUGCUAGAAAGUGGAACUUACGACGGUAAUUUCUACGGUACCCCGAAGCCUCCAGCGGAGCCCAGCCCCUUUCAGCCUGAUCCGGUGGAUCAAGUUCUUUUUGACAAUGAGUUUGACACUGAAUCACAGAGGAAAAGAACCACAUCAGUCAGCAAAAUGCAAAAGAUGGAGAGUUCUCUCCCUGAAGAGGAGGAGGAGGAGGAAAAGGAAGCAGUUAAUGGCAGCGGAGGGAUAGAAAACAAAGAAAAACACUCAGAUUCUCCUGACUGGAUGAAAACUGUUCCCAGCUACAACCAGACAAGCAGCUCCAUGGACUUCAGAAAUUACUUGUCAAGGGAUGACACCCUGGAACCACUGCCCAAGAACUGGGAGAUGGCCUACACUGACACUGGCAUGAUCUACUUCAUCGAUCAUAACACCAAGACAACUACGUGGCUUGAUCCGCGGCUCUGCAAGAAAGCCAAAGCUCCUGAAGAUUGUGAAGAUGGAGAACUUCCUUAUGGAUGGGAAAAAAUAGAAGACCCUCAAUAUGGAACAUACUAUGUUGACCAUAUUAACCAGAAAACUCAGUUCGAAAACCCGGUAUUGGAAGCCAAAAGAAAAAAACAGCUAGGACAGACUGAUGUUGGUCCUUCAAAAUCAGGACCAGAGAAGUCUGUCUUCACUAGAGAUCCAUCCCAACUUAUAGGAGCACUUAUUCGGACAUCACUGAAAAAAAGUACAAUGGGAUUUGGCUUUACAAUCAUUGGAGGGGACAGGCCUGAUGAGUUUCUCCAGGUGAAGAAUGUGUUAAAGGAUGGACCUGCCGCCCAGGAUGGGAGAAUUGCACCAGGUGAUGUCAUUGUAGACAUAAAUGGAAGCUGUGUUCUUGGCCAUACCCAUGCAGAUGUUGUCCAGAUGUUUCAGCUAGUUCCUGUCAAUCAGUAUGUGAACAUGACUUUAUGUCGUGGUUAUCCUCUUCCUGAUGACAGUGAAGACCCUAUGGUAGAUAUAGUGACAGCUACUCCUAUUAUCAACGGACCGCCUGUGACCAAAGGAGAUGUUUGUGUGACCAGCCAAGAUUUAAUAGCAGGAACAGUUGUGUUGGAUCAGAAUGGCAAAAUGGGCCCUAUGUUGGUCAAUGGUCGUCUGAAUGGCCCUUCCAUGGAUCCAACUGACCAGAGGAUCUCUCUUGCAUCUUCAGGAGGCUCUCAGCCAGAGCUGGUCACCAUUCCUCUAGUCAAAGGUCCCAAAGGCUUUGGGUUUGCCAUUGCAGACAGCCCUACAGGACAGAAGGUGAAAAUGAUUUUGGACAGCCAGUGGUGCCAAGGCCUUCAGAAAGGGGAUGUAAUCAAGGAGAUUUGCCAUCAGAAUGUACAGGGCUUGACACAUCUGCAGGUGGUGGAAGUACUGAAGCAGUUUCCAGUAGGAGCAGAGGUGCCGCUGCUUAUCUUAAGAGGAGGUCCACCAUCACCUACUAAAACUGCCAAAGGGAAGGACAAGCAGGGCAGUUCAGGGAGUUUGGAAGCUGUCGGUGAUUCCAUCCCACAGCCAAUGCCCUUUCCACCCACUGCUCUACGACCAGGCUCUCCUAAGCUAGACCCUUCAGAGGUCUACCUGAAGUCGAAGAGUAUGUAUGAGGACAAACCUCCAAACACACGAGAUCUGGAUGUUUUCCUACGGAAACAGGAGUCAGGCUUUGGUUUCCGUGUGCUUGGAGGGGAUGGACCAGAUCAGCCCAUUUACAUUGGAGCCAUAAUUCCGUUGGGAGCAGCAGAAAGAGACGGCCGGCUUCGGGCUGCAGAUGAGCUGAUGUGCAUCGAUGGGAUCCCUGUUAAGGGGAAGUCUCACAAGCAAGUUCUGGACCUGAUGACCAGUGCUGCACGGAACGGUCAGGUGCUGCUCACGGUCCGGAGGAAGAUCUUCUUUGGUGGGGAAAAGCAAUCAGAGGAGGAGGAGUUGCAGCCUGUCUUGACACAAAACGGCUCUCCCCGACUGAAUCGGGUAGAGUUUGCAAACCAGCAGUCCCCAGAGGUCUAUGAUGUCCGUCUGCAGCGGAAGGAGAACGAAGGAUUUGGCUUUGUCAUCCUCACCUCGAAGAACAAACCUCCCCCAGGUGUGAUUCCUCACAAGAUUGGGCGAGUUAUAGAUGGGAGCCCAGCUGACCAGUGCGGGAAGCUGAAAGUGGGAGACCGCAUCUCGGCAGUGAACGGGCAAUCCAUCAUUGAGCUCUCACACGACAGCAUAGUGCAGCUGAUCAAGGAUGCAGGCAACGUGGUCACUCUGACUGUCGUGGCUGAGGAAGACCACCGAGGUCCUCCGUCGGGGACGAACUCCGCCCGGCAGAGUCCGGCUCCGCAGCACCGGCCGCUGGGGUCGGCACCGAUCCCCCCGCCCGGCACCGACAG